GAUCUAAAGGGCUAUUUGUGCACUUCACCCCUUAUCAACUCACAUUUGGGCUGGGCUCGUCAGGUAAUGUGAUUGGACUUCACUAUUGGGCUCUGAAUAUCCAUUGACCCAAUUUCACCAUCGUCGUCCUCUUCCUCUUCUGAUAUAUGGAUAUCCAGGGGUUUUAGGGUUUUAGCGACGCACUCAUGGGGUCAAAAAACAAGGGUAAUAAAGGCAGAAAAGGGGAACGGCCAGCCGAUUCCUCCGCCGGAGCUGGAGAUGAAAACGGCGGAGGAAAUAGAACUGAGAAGGGUGUCAUCAAUGAUUCUCGAUUUGCGGCGUUACAUUCGGAUCCUAGAUUCCGUGAACCACCGCAGAAGAAGUCGAAAGUGACAAUUGAUUCACGAUUUAAUCGAAUGUUCACUGACAAAAACUUCACAUCAUCAAAAGCGCCAACUGAUAUUAGAGGUAGACCCCGUAAAGCCUCCUCUAAAAAUCCUCUCGACCAUUAUUAUCAUAUUGAGAAAGAAGAAGAAGAGGAGGAGGGUGAAAAACAGAGGAAGCAGAAGGAGAAACUAAAGGUGAUAGAAUCUGAAAGUGAUGAAGAAGAAGAAGAGAAGGGUGGAAAACAGAGGAGGCAGAAGAAGAAAUUAAAGGCGAUAGAAUCUGAAAGUGAAGAUGACGAUGAAGAAGAAGAAGAAGAAGAAGAAGAAGAGAGUGAGAGUGAUAGUCCUACGAGUGAGGAAGAAAUUGAGGAGCAGAAAGUGAAGAAAUCAAAGGUUGGCGCCGCAUUAUCAGAGUCCGAAGAAGAUGAGGAGGUGGAAAGAGACGAUUCAUCAAGCGCGGAGGAUUCUGAUUCUGAGUCUGAUUCUGAUGAUGAAAUGGAUGAGGUUUCGUCAGAGGAGGAAGACACUUUCGUGCAGAAAGAGGAUGUGCCUGAAAUUGACAAGGAAACUAAGAGGCUUGCAGUUGUUAACAUGGAUUGGGGUAGAGUAAAGGCAGUUGACUUGUAUAUGCUAUUGACCUCCUUUCUCCCCAGAGGGGGUCAAAUAAUAUCUGUUGCUAUCUAUCCAUCUGACUUUGGUCUCAAGCGUAUGGAAGAGGAGGCUGUCCAUGGUCCAGUUGGCCUAUUUGAUGAUGAAAAGGGAAAAGAUGAAGACAGUGAUGACGACAAAGAUAAUGAUGAGGUGGACAAUGCGAAAUUACGUGCCUAUGAAAUGAGUCGACUCAGGUAUUAUUAUGCUGUGGUGGAAUGUGAUUCAAGUGCUACAGCUGAUUACCUUUAUAAAACUUGUGAUGGGGUUGAAUUUGAAAGAACAUCAAACAAAUUAGAUUUGAGGUUUAUUCCUGAUUCCAUGGAAUUCAAGCAUCAACCACGUGACAUUGCAACAGAGGCCCCUGCAGAUUAUGAAGGUCUAGAUUUCCACACUCGAGCUCUGCAGCACAGUAACAUUGAACUUACAUGGGAUGAGGAUGAGCCACAGCGCAUCAGGACCUUGAAGAGACAAUUCAAUGAUGAACAGCUUGCAGAUUUGGAGUUGAAAGAGUUUUUGGCUUCUGAUGAGAGUGAAAGUGAUGAUAGUGAGGAAGGUGAUGACACAGAAGAUAAAUCUGCCAAAAGGAAGAAAACACAAGAUACCUACCGUGCGUUACUCCAGUCCGGGGAGGGUUCGGAUGGAAAUAAUGACGAUGAUCAGGACAUGGAGGUCACAUUUAACACUAGAUUGGAAGAUCUAAGCAAACGUAUCCUAGAAAAGAAGGAUAAACAGUCGGAAACUGUAUGGGAAGCUCAUCUCAGAAAGGAAAGGGAGAAAAAGAAGUCCAGGAAAGGCAACUGCAAGGUCUCAUCAGAAUAUGAGAGCAGCAACAGUGAUCAAGAACCUAUAGAAGAUCCUGAGGACUUCUUCAUAGAAGAGCCUUCCGCUAAAGGGAACAAGGAUUCCCAACAUAAAAGCACCAGGAAAGGGAAGCAGAGCCUUGAAGCAUCCGAAGAAGCCGAAGCAAGUAGAGCAGAGCUUGAGCUAUUACUUGCAGAUGACAAACAAGGAGAUGCUAACUUGAAGGGUUACAACAUGAAACCUAAAAAGGCAAAAGGGAAGAAGGGUAAAGAAAUUCCAGUUGGGGACAAAUUACCAAGUAUAGAUUAUGAAGAUCCACGGUUUUCAUCUCUCUUUAAAUCACCACUCUUUGCAUUGGACCCCACAGAUCCUCAGUUCAAACGGAGUGCAGCUUACGCUCGUCAGUUGGCUCAAAAGCAGCACAAGGUCGAAGAGGAAGUUGUAAAGGCAAAACAACAGCCUGGAAUAGCUGCACCGCUGCAGCCAACCAGAACAUUUGAGACAGCAACAAAAGAAAAAUUGCAGUCGGAUAAUUUGCCUUCGAGAAAGGAGAAACAUGAGCUAUCUUCUUUGGUUAAAUCUAUAAAGAUGAAAUCACAACAAUUAUCAUUGUCCUCUCAAGGUAAGGUGGUAGGAAAAAAUGGGAAAAAAUCGAGCAAGGGCAAAAAAGAUCGAUGAAGAGCAAGGAAAGGAAGAGAAUGAAAAAUGUUAAUCAAGGGCAAAGAAGAAGUUGAGAAGUGAAGAAAAUAAGAUAUUGAAAAGAAAGGAGGUUAUAUGAUGCUCUAUGACUUCUCAUGGGAGUAAACACAUGGUUUAUGAAGAUGAAUCAUGGUUCAGUAUAGGGUGAAUAGUGGCUGCAGUGAAUCUCAACAUAUAGCAACUUCAGCUCUAGUUUUCCCUUAUUUUUUAUGGUAAGGUUUAAAUUUAUGGUCGUGGCGUGGGCUAGAAAUUUUGUGAGUAUCAUCCAUUAUUUUUUGUGUGUCAACUUUACACAGUUGGACGUUUUACAAUUAUUUUUUGUUUUACAGUAAUCUAUUGUAAACUUGAUGUAAUUCCUCUGUACUCGUUCAAGAUUCUAAAUGCAGUGACUUCCUCCUAA